GCAGCCUACACCUCGAGUGUGUGCGUUUCUGGGUGCAAAUUUCUAACACUCUUUUCUACGUACGGUCCAGGCCUUUAUUGGUUGCAGUCUUUGACUCACGGGACCUGGCUUCUGUUAGGCUCCAGUUUUACUGACACUGGUGUUGGCCACUUUCGUCUGCUGCUUGCUACUCCUGCUUCGCAACGCGACCACUCCUCGAGUGUCAUCGUCUGUCCUCGCCACUCGACCGUGCUUCGGCGACUGCAUAUACCCUCUCGCAUACCCGCUUCGACUUAAUACACUUGACACACAAUGCCGCCAAAGAAGAAGGGCAACAAGAAGGCGCAGAUUGACGACUGGGAGGCCGAGCUGGGCGAGUCGGUCGCACCGCAGAAUGACGCUGCAGAAGAGCCAAAGCCCGAGGAGGAGGAUGCUGCUGCCGACGAUGAUGCCGCCGGUGGGGGUCUGAUGGCUGCUCUAGCAAAGCGCGGCAAGAAGAAGAACAAGAAGGGCGCAAACCCAGAUGUUGAAGGCGAGGACCCGCCUGUCGACGGUGCAAACGGAGGUUUCGAAAACAAGGCACCACAAGAAGGGACUUUUGAAGAUGACGAUGACGACGUGUUUGCUGGAAAUUACGGCAAGAAGAAGGCCAAGGGUGGCGCUGCAAAGGCCGAGGAGCCUGCCGAAGAGAAGCCUGCAGAUGUGCCACGAGUAAAGACCAAGGCAGAAAAGGAAAAGGAGAAGAAGGAGAAGGAGAAGCAGCGAAAAAAGGAAUUGGCUGCAAAGAAAAAGGCCAGCGGUCCCGCAAAGGCCGAACCUGCACAGGCUGCCGAGCCCAAGCCAGCGGCCGCCGCACCCUCAACUCCUGCACCUGCUGCAGAUGCUGCCCCCGCUGGGGGUGGCAAAAAGAAGAAGAUCAACCCAGCUCUUGCCGCCCUCCAGAAACAACAAGAAGAGCGCAGGAAGCGAGAAGAAGAGAUUGCGCGUGCCGAAGCAGAAGAGGAGGAAAGGCUGCUCGAGCUGGAGCGACAAGAGACAGAGGAGCAGAAGCGCAAAGAAGAGGCCAAGGCACUGAAGAAGCAAAAGGAGAAGGAGAAGAUUGAGCAGCUGAAGAAGGAGGGCAAAUACAUGACCAAGGCUCAAAAGGAAGCAAAGGCCAAAAACGAGCUACGUCUACAGCAGUUGCUUGAACAAGGUGGCGCAAAGGUCGCUGGUCUCGCCGAGGAUGGUGACAAGAAGAAGAAGCCCGUGUACGACGACCGCAAGAAGAAGAAGAAGGGCGAGAGUCAAAAGGAGAAGGAAGCUCGGGAGGCCGAAGAGGCUGCGAAGAAGAUGGAGGAGCUUAGACUGGCUGAAGAGCAGGCAGCCAAGGCAGCCGAGGAGGCUGAGAAGGCUGAGAAGGCUCGCCUGGACGCCGAAGCCAAGAAGGACGAGGACGCCGAAUCUGGGGAUGAUUGGGAAGCGCAAGCCGACGAGAUGGAGGGCGUCAAAGACAGCUGGGAUGUCGACACCGACGAGGAAGAAGAGCGCAAGGCGAAUGAGAAGAAGGCCAAGGAGGCGAAGGCUGCAGCAGAGAAAGCAGCCGCCGAACAAGCCAAGAAGGAGGAAUCCGAGUCUGACUCUGAGGAUGACAGCGAUGAUUCAUCAGAGGAUGAGCAAGGAACUGCUGCGCAGCGAGCUGAAGCUGCACGCAAAGCUGCUGCUGCCGAACGACGAAAGCAAGCCCACGAAGAAGCUCUUGCAGCACGGUCCAAGGACAACCUCCGCUCUCCCAUUUGCUGUAUUCUUGGUCACGUCGAUACUGGUAAGACGAAGCUGCUCGACAAGAUCCGAUCGACCAACGUGCAGGAAGGCGAAGCCGGAGGUAUCACCCAACAGAUUGGUGCAACCUACUUCCCCGUCGAAGCGCUCCAGAAGAAGACGGCUGUCGUCAACAAGAACAACGAAUUCGUCUUCAAUGUCCCUGGUCUCUUGGUCAUUGACACCCCUGGUCACGAGUCUUUCACUAACCUCCGUUCUCGCGGUUCCUCGCUCUGCAACAUUGCCAUCCUGGUCAUUGAUAUUAUGCACGGUCUGGAGCCGCAAACCAUCGAGUCCAUGAGGCUUCUCCGAGACAGGCGAACACCCUUUAUUGUCGCGCUCAACAAGAUUGAUCGUCUGUUCGGCUGGAAGAAGAUUGACAACAACGGUUUCGAGGACAGUUUUAGUCUCCAGAAGCCCUCUGUUCAAAGCGAAUUCGAGGAGCGAUGGAACUUUGUUCGCACUCAGCUGCAAGAGCAGGGAUUCAACUCGGAACUAUUCUACAAGAACAAGAACAUGUCAAAGUACGUGUCCGUGUGCCCUACCUCGGCGCAUACCGGAGAAGGUAUUCCAGACAUGAUCAAGCUCAUUGUCAAGCUUACUCAGGAGCGUCUGACCAACAACCUCAUGUACCUCUCCGAGGUUGAGUGUACGGUGCUUGAAGUCAAGGUCAUUGAAGGUCUCGGUACGACUAUUGAUGUCAUCUUGUCCAACGGUGUCCUGCACGAGGGUGAUCGAAUCGUGCUGUGCGGUAACCCAGAGCCCAUAGCAACCAACAUUCGAGCACUCUUGACGCCCGCCGAGAUGAAGGAGCUGCGUGUCAAGUCGCAAUACGUACACAACAAGGAGGUCAAGGCUGCCAUGGGUAUCAAGAUUGCUGCUGACGGUCUCGACCAAGCCAUUGCUGGUUCGCGACUGCUCGUUGUCGGCCCAGAUGACGAUGAAGAAGAUCUCAUGGACGAGGUCAUGGGUGACCUGGCUCACUUGCUCAGCAAGGUAUCCAAGACUGGCCGUGGUGUUUCCGUCCAGGCCUCGACUCUUGGAUCUCUCGAGGCGUUGCUCGAGUUCCUGCGCGUCUCCAAGAUUCCCGUCUCCACCAUCUCCAUUGGUCCCGUCUUCAGGAAGGACGUGCUUCGUGCAGGUACCAUGUUGGAAAAGGCCAAGGAGUAUGCCGUCAUGUUGUGCUUCGACGUCAAGGUUGACAAGGACGCCAAAGCCUACGCCGACGAAAUUGGCGUCAAGAUUUUCGAGGCUGACAUUAUCUACCAUCUGUUUGACAAGUUCACGGCGCACAUGAAGCAACUUGAGGAGCAGAGGAAGGAAGAGUCCAAGAUGUUGGCAGUCUUCCCUUGUGUACUCAAGCCUGUUGCCGUCUUCAACAAGACCGGCCCCAUCAUCAUUGGUGUUGAUGUCGUCGAGGGUGCUUUACGAAUGACCACACCAAUCUGCGCCAUCAAAAAGAACGCCACCACCGGUGCCAAGGAAAUCGUCCAACUCGGAAGAGUUACAUCGAUUGAGCGCGACCACAAGCCCAUGCAAAUCUGCAAAAAGGGCCAGCCGUCGGUCGCCGUCAAGAUUGAAGCAAACAGCCAGCCCAUGUAUGGCCGCCACCUCGAAGAAUCAGAUACACUGUACUCUGCCGUUAGCAGGAAGAGUAUCGAUACACUCAAGGAGUUUUUCAGGAGCGACGUCAGUCAGGAGGAGUGGAAGUUGAUUGUGCAGCUCAAGCAGCUUUUCGAUAUUCAGUAGAGGGCUUGAUUGGAGGGGGGGUUGUGGGGUGUGUGUAUGUACGAGAGGGGGAGAGAGGGGAGAGAGAGAGAAGGGAGCGGGUGGAUGAGUUCAAUGAAAAAGUAAAUGCUGGACAAUUAAAAAAAACUCAUGUAUUGGUGUGAAGAUGCGAUGGAGGAGGAAAAGAUGCAUGUGAU